AUGAUAUCUCUUCCUCAGCAACACCAACAUCAACAUCAACAGCAACAACAUCAACAUCAACUUCACUUCCAGCCAUACUCAUAUCCCGCCGACUACCAACCCGAAUAUCAAAACACCUACUCGCCCUCUUCCAUUGACCUUGCCGGGUCGGACCUCGACGACAGCAUCGCCAUUCUCGACUCGCAGCUCCCCGCCGAACUGAUGCAGUCCGAACACUGGGGAGCUCUCGCCCAGCAGACCCCUAGGUUGGCUCGGUUUGCCCAUCAACGCGAAUCCUCCUUGUCGUCUCUGGCAUCCUCUGGCGCCGCUCCCGCCUCCCCCUUCGCCCACGGCAACUCGAACCCUCAGAUCGCCAUCACCAACCCUGCCCACGACGGCUUGGCCGACCACACUUCUGCCAACAGCCAAGGUUCCUACUAUCACCUUGCAAAGUCCGCGGGCCCUUAUCCAGGAUACCAGAACUGCGGUGGCAUGGAGCAAGUCAUGCCCGAGAUGGCAUAUCCGAUCACCAUCUCUGGCCCUGGUGGCAAGCCACGAUUAGACAGGGCCUUCAUUCCCGCCCCCGACUUCGCUACUGGUUCAUCGCGGUCACAUCCUGCCUCGGUGGCGAGCUCUAUCGCAGGUGACUCACCUGCCACUCCUACGGUUGGUGAGUCUGACAUCUCAGAGAGGAGGCGGAAAGGCUUCGCCCACGUUCCAAAGCUGGACAGGACGAUGACGGAUGUCUACAACGACGAGCUCUUCAGCCCCAACUUCGCCAUCACCUCCACGCCACCUUCUCAACCUCAGAUGGCUGUCUCGCCCAGUAAUGAUCUCUUCAGCCAACGACUCCACGCCGCCAACAGCCAGCAUCUCAGUGCCGCACACUCGCCCGCCUCGACUACGUCUCGGGGUAGGUCGCCCUUCCUCGCCGGCUCUCCCCUUGCUCCCUCGCCCACUCACGACUUUGGAACUGGCUCAGUGGCCCAGAACAUGCCCUUCAACACGGCCCAGCAAAUGAGGGAGCAGAACAAGGCGCAGCAUGAGGCGCAACUCCUGCACCAGCAGAUGACUCAGAGAGCUGAACCAGAGACUCCCAAGACCAUCUCGCCCAAAGAUGCCAUUCUCGAGUUCAAUGAGCCUGACGGAGAGGCAAACUUCCCGCUCUUCCCUCAAGACCCUACCGCCUUUGAGAUUGACCAAUUCUCCAAGGCUAUGGCAUCCCAAGGCUCACAGGAUGUGAAUGGCCAUGAUGGCAGCAGCAGCAGCCAGUUCAACUACCUCCACUCUCAGCUGCCAAGCGGUAUUCCAGUACCUCAGCAAUAUCCAUUUGUCGCGCACUCCCGACACACUCAUGAUACUCCUCCACGAUUGAGCUCCGCAGGAUCUAGUUCCACGGCGUCGAGAACCAACACACCUGCCCAUUUGGGGCGACCCAAUGGAACGGCGGCGGACGGCGGAACAUACACAUGCACAUACCACGGCUGUACCCUGCGAUUUGAGACUCCAGCCCUUCUCCAGAAACAUAAACGGGAGGGCCAUCGCCAGACACAGACACUUGGCGGACCACGACCCCGCGAAAUUGUGGGCAUGACAUCAAACAUGCUCAAUAGCCAGGCUGGCCCUCACCGAUGUGACAGGAUCAACCCCAGCACAGGCAAGCCAUGCAGCACGGUAUUUUCAAGGCCUUACGACUUGACGCGACACGAGGACACGAUCCACAAUGCCCGCAAGCAAAAGGUGCGGUGCAACCUCUGCACCGAGGAAAAGACUUUCAGCCGAGCUGAUGCCCUGACGAGGCACUACCGGGUGUGCCAUCCCGACAUGGAGCUCCCGGGAAAGCACCGGCGGCGCGGAGGAGCCUGA